AUGAAAAGUUUUGAAGAAGGUACGAUACACAUUAUACAAAACAUUUCUUUUAAAGGCACUCAAAGCCAAUUUCAAGAAGGCCUGGAAGAGGACAUUGCUUCCGUAAAAAAUGACAGCCGCUUGUUCGUUAAAGCAGAUAAGUCCACAAACUUUAAUAAAUUGGACGUCCCAGAAUAUAAACGACUGCUAGAGGCCAACGUAACAAAAACCUAUAGGAAAGCCGACAUUAAGCAGCUCACAAAAAUCGACGAGGAAGCCAGGACCAUUACAAAAAAACUUAACAUAGACGACCGGGUAGAAUCUAUGGCGAUGAAAGAAGCGUUUAUAAUGCUAAAGGACCACAAAGAAAAUUUUGAAAACAAGCCUACUUGUAGACUGAUUAAUCCUUCAAAACCGGAGAUAGGGCAUAUAAGCAAACAAAUCCUGGAAGAAACAAAUCGGAAACUCGUCGACAUCACGAAAGUCAACCAGUGGAAGAACACAUCCUCUGUGCUUCAAUGGUUCAAGCAGCUGGCUAAUAAAGGCGGCUCGGCAUUUAUAUGCUUUGACGUCGUAGAAUUUUACCCCUCAAUUACCGAAGCCCUCCUAAAACGCGCCCUUGACUUCGCCUCUGAGCACGUGAACAUCUCAGCCGACGAACGACAAGCAGUCAUCAACUCCAAGCACUCCCUGCUAUUCAGCAAAGGCCAACCAUGGGAAAAGAGAAAUCCAGCAUCAAAUUUUGACGUAACCAUGGGAAGCUACGACGGAGCAGAGACUUGUGAACUGGUGGGCUGUUAUCUCCUGUCGCAGCUAAAGCAGAUCCCUGGCAUCGAAAUUGGCCUUUACAGAGACGACGGGCUUGCUGUACUCAAUCAAACACCAAGGCAGAUAGAGAAAGCAAAAAAACAAAUAUGCCAGGUAUUUGCGAACAACAACCUGAAAAUCACAGUUGAUGCAAACAAGAAAGUUGUUAACUUCCUAGAUGUAACACUGGAUUUAAACACCGGAAAAUUCAAACCAUACUCCAAGCCAUCCACCACCCCGCUUUACGUUCACAGUCAAUCAAACCACCCACCCAACAUCCUCAGAAACAUACCCACAGCAAUUAACCGGCGGCUAUCCAGUGUUUCUUCCGACCACGAGGUUUUUAAUGAAGCAUCGGCUCCGUACCAGGAAGCAUUACGAAAGAGUGGCUAUGCUUUUAAACUAGAAUUUAACAAACCACCACAGCAACCGCCAUCACAGAAACGCAAACGACAAAGAAAUGUUAUAUGGUUUAAUCCACCAUAUAACAAAAGCGUCAAAACCAACAUCGGACGUGCGUUCAUCAGCCUCAUUGAAAGAUCUUUCCCAGUGGGCCACAAACUGAGGAAAAUUUUCAACCGGAACACCAUUAAGCUUAGCUACAGUUGCAUGCCCAACGUCAAGCAAAUAAUAGAUGGCCACAACAAAGCUAUCCUGAAGAUAGCAGAAACAGCGCAGCCACAGAAAAACGAAGAGAAGACGUGUAGCUGUAGGAAAAAAGAAGACUGCCCGCUAAACGGAGAAUGCCUGGUGAGUGAAGUCGUGUACCAAGCCACAGUCACAACCGGAGACGGAAAAGAGACAUACAUCGGUCUCACAGCUACUCAGUUCAAGGCAAGAUACAGAAACCACCUGAUGUCAUUUAGACAUGAAAAGAGAAGGAAUGAGACUGAGCUCAGUAAGCACCUGUGGCAACUAAAGGAGGCAAAUAAGGAAUUCAACAUCACAUGGAAAAUACUCGCCAAAGCAAAAUCUUACACCAACGUCACAAAACAUUGCAAUCUAUGUACAACAGAGAAGUUCUUUUCAAUCUGUAGGCCUCACAUGGCAACACUGAACAAGCGCAACGAACUUGUCUCUACAUGCAGACAUCGACGCAAGUUCAUUCUAAGGUACAAUCGGACAUGUGAAAGCCAGAGAUUGUAG